AUGUUGGCACUGCCGAACAUUGCCGAUCUGCGCAUGCAGCAGCAGAUCGCCCACGAGAUUUAUCGCCAGCAAAUUAUGCAACGCCUGCCAGAUCCACUGUGCGGCUUAUUGCCCAAUUUCGGCACACAUUUUGUGGCACCACCAGCACCGAUGCAACCCUCACUGCCGGGCGUGGAGGCUAAGCUGGAGAACAAUGAAUUGUGGCAGCAGUUCCAUCACAUUGGCACCGAAAUGAUCAUCACAAAGAGUGGAAGACGCAUGUUUCCCUCGAUGCGCGUAUCGCUGAGCGGCCUGGAGGAGGAGGCCAGCUAUUGCGUGCUGCUGGAAAUGGUGCCCAUUGGCGACUGCCGCUACAAGUUCUCCGGCUCACAGUGGGUGCCAGCUGGCGGUGCCGAGCCGCAGAGUCCGCAGCGCAUGUUUCUGCACCCGGAUAGUCCGGCGACGGGCAAGCACUGGCAGUCACAGGCGAUGCUCUUCAGCAAAGUAAAGCUUACCAACAAUACGCUGGACAACAAUGGACAUAUUGUCUUGGCCAGCAUGCACAAGUAUCAGCCCCGUUUGCACGUCAUACGCACCGCUGACCUGACGCAGAUACCCUGGGCUCCACAGCAGGCCUACGUCUUUCCCGAAACGGAGUUUAUAGCUGUGACUGCCUAUCAGAAUGAUCGCAUCACGAAGCUGAAGAUCGACAACAAUCCCUUUGCCAAGGGCUUUCGUGAGUCGGGUCAAUCGCGCUGCAAGCGCAAGCUUAGCGAGUCUCCUCCUGCAACUGCUCAGGCAAGCACAGAAGGAACACGAACUGCCAGCGAUAUGGAACGCACAUUUUCGCCGUCGGGUAAACGCAUGCGUCUGACCGAUGAGCUGUCCAUGCCGCACCAGCAGCCCUCUGGUCUACUAGUGCCGCGCCAUUAUCUGCUGGAUACACUUGAGGCCAAUCUCUUUCUGUCAGCGCCACCGCCGGGCCUGGCAUCCAUUCAAUAUGCCAGACACAUCGCCAGCUAUCCAAGUUGGGCGCACUCGCCGCCAUCGCCCGACUCAUCGUGCGCCUCCUCCAGCUGCGACUCAGCCGCGGAGCCAGAGACCGAUACCUUUGUAGACGUUGUGGGCACCACGACCAGCACAGCUGAGCCCGACCUGGAACCCGAAUCGAUUAGCCGAAUCGCUGUUAUUGCCAAAGCUGCCGCAGCAGCUGCCGUUUUGCCAAAGCCCAAGCGCAGCAGCUUCAGCAUCUUGGACAUAUUAGGAACGAGCGUCUCGAUUUAGCUGCCGUGCGGGGCAGCAGUUGCUGCUCCCAUUUCAGUUGUUGCUCCUAAGUGCCUUAUACAUUUAAUUAGCGUUUAGUUGCCAGCGUCGUCUGCGGCGUAGUCAGUAAGUUAAAUUGUGAUAUUUUGCAGUU